AUGAGGCACCACGUCACAGCUCUGCUCUGGGCCCUGGCCCCGUCACUGUUUGCUGCCGUCCUCUCUCUAUCAACAUCAUUACCAUACAACCCGACAUCGAUAUAUCUAUCUCAAUUAUCUUCAACGGCUGGAGACCUCGCAUACGCAUUUGUGCCGAAUCCCGAGUCGAAUUCUCGAUAUGAGCUAUUGUUACUCAACAUUUCCUCUACACUAUGGACAACGAAUCUAUCAGUUGAUAGCACUACCACGAGCCUGCCGUUUACCGUCGACCAAGGACAAGCCUUCACGCCCUCCAUCUCGUCGCUCGAUGAAAUUUCGGUAUAUACUGGGUCGUGUUCGACGCCGAGCACCGCUCAGCUAUGGCAGUUCACACCCUCAAAUAUGAGUGCCAACGGUAAUGGCACAUGGGCGCAACAAAGUACAAGCACCACCAAAGAUGCAACAUAUACCGGCCUCAUGGGGCCCAACUUUCUCUCCGCGGCCCUCAGCUUCUCGGCGUUUGUCAAUGCGAAUGCCUCCCAGUCCAAUAUUUAUAUCUUCGGCGGCAUGUGUCCGGAAUCAGAUGCUACGGCUUCGACUUGGCAGUCUGCUGCUAAUUAUUCUAGCUCCAUGCUUCGAUUCGUGCCUUCGACUCCUUCCGCAGAUACAGGUUAUUCUCUCGCCCGUGCUCUAAGUAAAGGCCCACCGAUCGCCGAAGCAGGCUUCACGAUUACAGGCCUAGCACCAUCAUACUCGAAUAAGUCAGGAGUUGUGACGCAGCAACAGAGCUCAGUGCUUAUCGGAGGACACACGCAAAGGGCUUUUCUCAAUAUGAGCCAAGUUGCGCUUUGGAAUCUUCCUGAGGAGAGUUGGAGUUUUAUUACUGUGGGUCAACAGGCUCCUCCACCAGGCCCAAAUACGGAAUUGGCCAUCAAAAGUAUGGCGACGAGCAUUGAUAGCAGGUCUGGCCAUACCGCUGUGCUCACGGAAGAUGGUUCAAGAAUUAUUGUAUUUGGUGGAUGGGUUGGGGAUAUUAGCCAAGCUGCAGAACCACAGCUUGUGGUGUUGCAUGUUGGGACAGGCUUUGGUGGUGAUAAUGACUGGGAAUGGUCCAUUCCGGGUGCACAACCAUCUGGUCUCGGGACCUAUGGCCACGGUGCUGUGAUGUUACCCGGGAAUGUCAUGAUGGUACUUGGCGGGUAUGAAAUCUCUAACUCGACCACGUCCAAGAGGGAAGUCUCUUCAACCAAUGCCAUGUUUUUCAAUACCACCAGCAUGGAAUGGGGCACGAUGUAUACCAACCCGGCAUAUCUGAAAGCGAUCAGCAAGCCUCCCAGUAGUUCUGGAUCAUCGAAAUCAAAAGCAAAGAAAAUCGGUCUCGGUGCAGGACUUGGUCUUGGCUUUGCAGCUAUUAUCAUCGCAGUGGUAGUAUACUUUUGUUACAGCCGGCGACUGAAGAAAAAGAGAGAAGACGAGCGAGAAAAAGAUCUGAGGUCAUUGAAUAACCGUCCCGCGAACCAAUAUCCUUCGGGACCAAUGCGUCAGACAGGUGGAGGGUUUCCAUGGUCGAAUGGAAGAUGGAACGGGAAUGACGACCAAGAGCGACAGCUUUACGAUUCAGCAGGUGCCCCGGAGGGAUAUGAAAACUUGUAUACCGGAGUGCAUGGCCUGGGAGAUAGUGGAUCCAACCCAACAUCUCGACAGAUUCCUCGCAAGCCUUUGCAUUCCCGUGCGAGGGGGAUUUAUCAACCAGCGCCAGCGUUUGACUUCACCAAUGGUGGAAGCCACGGGCGAGCAAAUAGUUUGGGCACGGCUGGCCCCAUACACCCGAUAUAUGAGGCUGACGAGGAUGACCAUGUGGGAUAUAGUAACGUUGACACUGUCGGGAUGGCGCUCGGUCAUCCUUCGACUGCUGGACCAGCGGACCCGAAGCGGCUUUCGGAUCCCUUCAGAGACACAACACCGUCUCCAACCCGGGAUAAUAGAGGAGAGGGGCCUUAUGAUCAAGAAAGUCCUGCUCACUCACGAGAUCGCGAAAUUCAGGAAUGGGUUUCCGACUGGGCAGCUGCAGAUGCUCUCCUAAACGCACAAGCACGGUCACACUCCAGCGCUGGUCGGAUAUCUCCCACACGGCGCGCCCAACUUGUCGCUGGAACCACUGUCAGCUCUCUUUCAGCAGACGACGAUGGUGGCCGUACUGGAAGCAACCUCAGCGAGGGAAGUUUCGCCGUUUCAGCCAUAUCAAGAUCUGGCUCUAGCUCCCACGGUCGUUCAAGGAGUAACUCCCUUCGAGGCUUUAUAACUAGCACCAUAAAUCCAUUCACAUCAAGUGUCUUGUCUCCAACGGAAGCAAGCACAACCAUGAGCCCAAUGUUCGAUUCGAGACCACACAGCUCGAAAUCAAAUCAGCCGCCACCUAGGAGUGCAGGGAGCGGCACUAGUAGUUUUACAACUGCUCACACCAGCUUUACCGCUUUACAAGCGGAAGCAGAAGGUCUACUCCUACGACCAGGAGAGCUCUCCCCAAGUGGUGACAAUUCCCCUACGCGAUCACAACCUGAGCAGCCUGGCAGCCCGUCAAAAAGUAAAGCUCCUGGCGGUCGUCAAGGCCGGGGACAAGGAAGCUGGCUAGGCAGUCUACGACGUGUUUUUGUUGGCGAUUCCACCAGUGAGGAUGUCUCCCCUGAUUACCAUACUCCACCAAGUAGGGAACCAAGCCCUACCCGUAUGGACCAUGGUAGCGGUGCGGCACCACGCCGGACCGUAAGUGCAGGCGCCACAAUGUGGCGACGAAAGCAAGGAAAAGGAGACUGGGAAGACAGUGCCGAAGGGGACAGCGCCACCAGGUCAAAUACAUUCACGGGCGAUUACCCCAGGGAAGACGAGUCCCUACCUGGUAAGGGCAAGGCGCCCCAAGAAGAAGAGGAUGAAUGGGAUAUCGAGCGUGCCGUCCAGAACCGUGUCGUGCAGGUUAUGUUCACGGUUCCCAAGGAGAAACUACGGGUUGUGAAUCAUGAUGUUCUGGAGGAUAAGAGUGAAGUGGGGAGUUUGAAGAGUAAGAGUGGGAGUGCGAAGAGUGCGAAAGAUGAUGCUGCUGCCGCGCAGCCUUCUAUAGCUGCUAUUACUGAGGCAGCUUCGAAGAGCGCUGGGCCAUCUAUGGAAACUAUUUCCGAGACGAGUAGCAACAGCGGGAGAGCCAAGAGCAAGGUCCUGGAAAUGGUUGAGAAGAUGGAGGGAAGGAGUAGUCCUGAUCGCUCCUUUUGA